CAGCAAGUUCUUUUUGGCAACAACCAUUAAGUAUUUUAUUUUUCAUUUUCCUUCCAUUCUACCAUUGUCAUCAUGGCGUUAGAAACUGUUUCGAUGAUACCUGCACCAGGAUUUAAGUUUGACAACUGUUUAAGAAAUGCAUAUUUGGCAUCUAAAGGAUUCCCUGUUCCAAAAGCUAAAAAGACUGGAACUACAAUUGUAGGACUUGUGUAUGAAGAUGGUGUUGUCCUGGGUGCUGACACCAGAGCUACUGUGGGAUCAAUUGUUGCCGACAAGAACUGUUCAAAAAUCCAUUAUCUAGCCCCAAAUAUGUAUUGUUGUGGGGCUGGUACUGCUGCUGACACUGAGCAAGUGUGUCGCAUGAUUGCUUCACAAUUAGAACUGCAUAGAUUAGCAACUGACAGAGUUGUGCCAGUGGCUGUUGCUGAAAACUUAAUCACUCAACAUCUAUUUAGGUAUCAAGGAUAUGUUAGUGCUGCCUUGAUUGUUGGAGGAGUGGACUUAAGUGGUCCCAGUAUACAUAUUAUUUCACCAUAUGGCUCAUCAGAGAAGCUACCAUUUGGUACAAUGGGCUCUGGUUCUUUAGCAGCAAUGUCUGUUUUUGAAAAGGGUUGGAAACCUGACAUGAAGUUGGAUGAAGCUAAGCAGCUUGUACGUGAUGCUAUUGCUGCUGGUAUUUUCAAUGAUUUGGGUUCAGGUAGCAAUGUGGAUUUGUGUGUUAUCACAAGAGCAGGAGCUGAAAUGAUCAGACCAUUUGAAGUUGCUAAUGUGAAGGGACAAAUACAAGGAACCUAUCGCUAUGCUCCUGGAACAACUGCUGUCUUGUCUUCAAAAACUGUUCCCUUGGAAAUUGUUGAAACUGUGACUCGUCCAACUAGAGAUGCUGCUGAGGAAGCAAUGGAUACUGCUUAAUUUUACUUUAUAUUAAUGAAACUGUUGUCUGUAAACUUUGCUUAAUGAUGAAAAUUUUUCAAUAAAAAAAGAUAUUAAAAAGAAA